AAUUUCAUGAAUUUGUCUCAUAGAAUGGUUAAUUUGGUUCACUGAUCUGCUUUGCUGGUGUUCAAAAAUAAUUGAUAAGUUUUGAAGUACUUAAUCAAUGUGAUAAGAAUGAUGAUCAUUAAUGCAAGAGCCGGAAUUUUAUUUUGAACAUUUUGGUUAUCAUGUGUAUUUGAUUCAUUACAGGAGUGUUGAUUGUGAAACGUUGAAUUGUCUUCCGAAAAUGAAUGUAUCCUGCACUAUUUGCCAAGAGUUCUUAUUUACUGGCGAGGAUAACGAACCAGCAAUUAGUUCCACAAGUUGCGGUCACGUCUACCACUCGAACUGUCUUUUCCAAUGGAUGGAAAGAUCAGAAACAUGCCCUCACUGCCGGACUGAUCUAGAUCAAGAUGAUGACGUAUUUAAGUUGAAUUUAAUUAUUGAAAAACCGAGUACGGAAACAUUUGAUGAGUUGAAGAAUCGUGUGAAACGUUUAAGUAAAAAAAUUGAUUCAGAUUUAAAAAGAGCAGUGGAAAAAAACAAGAAACUGGAGGAUCAAGUGCAAUCUCUCCUCCGCGGAGAAUCCACUUUGAAAGAUGAAUUAGCCGCGAAAAGUAAGAAAUUGCAAAAAAUGAAAGAAAACUUAAAAACGGUGGAUUCAAUGAACGAGAAAUUGAAGAAAGAAAACGAAAAAUUGAAGAAUAGUAUUGAAAAAAACUUGGACAUCGAAGAUAAUUUAAACGACAUGUUGGACGAAGAAGCUGAACUAUUGGAGAAGACGAGGGAAAAUUUGUUCAAUGCGUACUUGGCUAGAAAGAAAUUGAAGAAUAAGAAGAUAGAAUUGGAGUGUACCAUUGAACAACACUUGAAAGUUAAAUCUGAUUUAAUAGAGAAGUUAGACACGGCAAAUUCAGUAUCUAAUAUUAUUGCCGACAAAGCGGAAUGGCUCUUUGAAAUAUUGAAAGCAGAAAGACAAAAGUACGAAGUUGAUACUUCGAAAUCUAAAGAUGAGAUUGAAAAAUUGAGAGCUAAAUUCUUACGGGAGCGGCGUAAGAAUCAUUCAUUGAAACAAUCGAGGGAACUAUCAAAAAAAACUAUUGUGAGAAAAAAUAAGAAACUAAAAAUCAAACUACCUACAUGCAAAGAAAAAACUAUGUAAUUCAGGUGGAACCAAAUUGGAGAAUUGAAGAUUCGACGGAGCAAUUCGAAAAGGAAAAAUCUACUUACUGAACUGAUAAAUGAAUAGUGUAAAUAGGUAGAGGUACUGACUGAGUAAUGGACAUGGACGAAUAGCAUGCCACGUCAAAGAAUUCGAAGUCAGGAUGGAGAUGGUAUUAUUUUGAUUUACAUUUAGGUAGAUUUCUUUUUCGUUUUCAUUGAGUAGGUACUUUAAGUUACUAAGGAAUAAGGUGUGUUUUUAUUUUAUAAAAUGAUUCUAUAAUGAAAAUUACGCAUUUUUAGUAAUCGAGUAUCAUGAAUUUUGGUAAUCGUUGGUUUUGUGGAACCAAAGAAGUAAUACUACCUAUGUUAAUUUAUAUGUAUUUGUAAGAUGCACUCGAAUAUUUAAAAUGAUCUAUUAAGUAAGUAUCAUUAGUUACUAUUGACUGUGUAGCUAGGUAGAUAUUGUUAUUUUCUAUUGUAUAUAUUUUCCAUAAUUUACGAAUUUGCAAUCGUUGAUAUUAGAUACCUAUACUUCUUUCAAGUAUAUUUUGCUGCGUUUCUUUCUCUUGCA